CCGCAUCUCGUACGCCAAAGUGGCGUAAGAUACGCCGAUUCCAAUUUGGGGUUUGUUUUAUUUUAUUUAUUUAUUUUUUAUUUUAUUUUUUAUUACCCAAUCUCCAUCCCACUCAUCCCCAUUGUCGGAAACCCAAGGACACAACUUUCCCUUGUUCGUUAAUUUUUUUUAAACCCCCAACCGGACGACACCCACCAUCAGAUCCACCAUCACCGGUCAGCCUUCACCAUCUCCUUCCACCUUCUUCACCCUCACCGCUCCACCAUUGAAGACCAGGUAAGUAUUAUCUCCAAUUUGCAAGCUAAUUAUCAUAAUAUGGCUGCAUUUCAGUUCUAGUGGUUCUGUUGAUUGGGAUAAUAUUCUUGUUUUUUUUUUCUACUGUGACUAUCUAAGGAUUUCCAGAGUUGAUACCUUGAAUUUGAAUUUGAAUUGGAUGGGCACUGUAAAUUGAUGACAACUAGUAAUCUGACUAUUUUUUUUUUAGUACAAAGUAAUCUGACUAUUUACUUGUGUGGGACCGUGGUCAUGACUUAAGCACUUUAUUGACAAUUGUAAAUCCAUACUGAACAUUAUUUAUUACUAUUUGACUUAUGUUGGAUCUGUACAGAAGUAUGGAACAAUGUUUGGAAUGCAUGGAUUUUGAAACGAGAGCAUGACAAUCUUAUAAUAGACAUAUUGCUGAAUAUUCUCAUGGCAUGCCUUAGGGUCUCAUUUACACUUACUAAGCUUAAUUGCAACUUGAUAAUUCAAGUAACCUUGAGUGCGUAUGUAUCCUUCUAUACACAGCACACUUAUUAUUAUUAUUAUUAUUAUUCUGUUUGGACAUGGUUUCAUAGGAUAUGAUUGUGUGUGUGACCAAUUGGGUACAAUAGGCUUAUGCUACCUGAUAUAUUUGUAUUAAGCCUACAUUAGAAUUGACUAGUGCAAAUGAUUUUGUGAGAUAAAGAAAUUAAAUCUUGGAAUUAUGAUGACCGGAUAUAUCUGUCUGUUGUUCUUUGUUGAUUUUUGUCGAUAGUUGAAUAUCUCAUUUAAUCAUCUAAUGGACCUGAGAUUUUCCAUAAAGACAGUUGUGAUUUAUUUUUAACAAUAAAUCUGGGAAUGGUUGGUGUUAUUACUAAAUUUUAUAUGCCAUUUGGGACUUUUCUGCGUUUCAAGGUAAAAACAAUAAGGACUUUUCUACUUUUAAGUGAUUCACUGGAUUAUAUAAUUGAAUAUUAUUUUUAAUUGCUAUUGUAUGAAAUUCCUUUAGAUAUUUGAUUUUCUGGAGGAAUUUGGCUCUUUCUGAUUUUUUAUGUUGUGACCAAUGGCUGGGAUAUUGCAUAAUAUAAGUGCAUCAGCUGGUAGUAUAUUGGCUUCAUAAACACUUUGGAGAACCUCUUCUCAGAUGAGUGCUCUGAAGUAUUUGAGGGCGCCCAGGCAUCAGCGUUUUGCUGCCAAAAAGUAUCUUGAAGUACUGGGCUUUUCCUCUCUUCACACAGCGCCAAAUUCCUCUGUGGAACUUCACUCACAAGAUGAGGAAGUAGUGAUUGCUUUGGGAAGUAAUGUAGGUAAUAGGUUACAUAACUUCAAGGAAGCCUUGAAAUCGAUGAGGAAGUCAGGGAUACACAUCACAAGACAUGCUUGUUUAUAUGAGACAGCGCCAGCAUAUGUUACUGACCAACCUCGCUUUCUCAACUCUGCAGUUAGAGCUGUUACUAAACUCGGGCCACAUGAAUUAUUGGCUGCACUCAAAAGAAUUGAGAAGGACUUGGGCCGUACAGAUGGUAUAAGGUAUGGUCCAAGGCCAAUUGACUUGGACAUUUUAUUCUAUGGUAGAUUUAAAGUCAGAUCUGAUAUUCUCACUAUACCUCAUGAAAGAAUUUGGGAACGGCCAUUUGUUAUGGCCCCUUUGAUGGAUUUGCUGGGAUCAGCUAUUGACAGUGAUACAGUUACUAGCUGGCAUUCAUUUUCAGGCCAUUCUGGGGGACUGUCUGAAUUAUGGGAAAAAUUAGGUGGUGAAUCCCUCAUUGGAGAAGAAGGUAUGUAUAGGGUAAUGCCCCUUGCAAAUACCUUACUUGACUGGUCACGCAGAACUUCUGUCAUGGGGAUCCUUAAUUUGACUCCUGAUAGUUUUAGUGAUGGAGGAAAUUUCCAAUCCGUGAAGUCUGCUGUUUCUCAGGUUCAGUUAAUGAUUUCAGAAGGGGCAGAUAUAAUUGAUAUUGGUGCUCAGUCUACUAGGCCAAUGGCAUCUAGGAUCUCUGUUGAAGAAGAAUUAGGUAGAUUAAUCCCUGUCCUCGAAGCCGUAAUGUCAAUGCCUGAGGUAGAAGGAAAGCUCAUAUCUGUGGAUACUUUCUACUCUGAAGUUGCUUCAGAAGCAGUGAGUAAAGGGGCUCAUAUUAUAAAUGAUGUAUCUGCUGGGCAGUUAGAUGCUAAUAUGUUUAACGUAAUGGCAGAUCUUGAUGUUCCUUACGUUGCAAUGCACAUGAGGGGGGACCCAUGUACAAUGCAGAAUAGUGAAAACCUGAAAUAUGACAAUGUUUGUAAGGAGAUAUCAUCAGAAUUAUACUCAAGGAUUAGGGAGGCAGAAAUGUCAGGAAUUCCAGCAUGGAGGAUUAUUAUUGACCCUGGCAUUGGAUUCUCAAAGAAAACUGAAGACAAUAUAGAAGUCCUCACAGGACUACCUGAUAUCAGAGCUGAGAUUGCCAAAACAAGUUUGGCCAUCUCUCAAGCUCCUAUACUAAUUGGACCCUCGAGAAAGAAAUUUUUAGGUGAAAUUUGUUCUCGUCCUGCUGCAGUUGAGAGGGAUCCUGCUACCGUUGCUUCUGUCACAGCUGGUGUGUUGUGUGGGGCUAAUAUUGUUAGGGUGCAUAAUGUCAAAGAUAAUCUAGAUGCUGUGAAGCUUUGCGAUGCAAUUCUAAGACAGAAAAGUUCUCCCAUGAAAUUUAGACAAUGAAUUUGUCUUGCUACACCAAUUCUGAUACUGUUUUGCCAUGUGCUACAUCUUUUAGUCUAUGAAUUUGGCUCUAUGCAAAAAAAUUUAUUACUGUUGUUCUUUGCCAUGUCACUCCUAUUCCAAGGUCAUAUGUAGAAGUAGAACAGUAGAAUACCAAAGCACUGUCAAUGCCGGAGCAAAGAAGCAUGAAGUACAAAGAAUUGAAGGAUAUGUCGAAUGACAAUAAAGUUGACGUUACGUAUCAUCAUUCAAUACUUCUAAACUUAUAUGUCUUUCUCGUAUUUAUUUCGUCCCUUAACUUGUAAUGAAUUUACAGAUUUUAUUUCAGCUCUUCACUUGUAACUUAUUGAUUCACAGAUUUAAUAAUGAGCAAGAACCUUGUGAUUU